AUGAACAAGCAUUUCGACGCCAAAAUGGAGACCAACUUUUCUGGUAAAGGUUGGAAAUACCAAAAUAUUCCAUCCUUUUCUCCCAUUCAAAGAGCUCUACCGCGUGUUCUCCAGAGCAAUUUGACGCAUAUCGACCUCAAUUCCGACUUCCUUCUCGUACCCCCCACCUCAGCCUGGACAUUUGAAAUGCUCAGGUCUUCCCCAAUUGUCACCCUGACUGUUUCUAUCCGAGGUCGAAUACAAAAAGAAGAAUUUACAAGUUAUGUCUUCCCCGCAAUCGCAGCAUCUGUUCCUGGGCUUCAGAGCCUACGAAUCACAUUUCUCGAUGACGAUUUCUUGACGGUUGUGGUGGACAAUCUAUAUCGGCUUCCACUCCUACGCAAAAUGGUAGUUGGGCUAUCGUUUUCCAGAGGUUAUGCAUUGUCAACAUCUAUCCCUACGAUUAAACGUAUCAAACUUGAUCAUUUUACGACAUUUACAGGUUCAUCGGAACAAGCUGCUUAUUUUGUCCAGAUCCCGAUUAUGCUACCCAACCUGCAGUUUAUUAACGUGAUCAACGACUCAUAUUUUCAGUCAUACACAUUUGAAACGGAUUAUAUGGCUAUUGCAGCGCAUUUCGGCAUCAUCAAUCGCAGAAUGUUGGAGAUGAACAUUCAUCCUUCUAUCAGCCUUUGUUUGGCCAACCAGAACAACAUUGGGGACAGCAUUGCAUCAACAGUCCCAGCCGAUAUUAUUGGCUCCGAUUGUUCUCAACAUUUCACAAUAAUAUCUUGCUUGACACUGAAAGUGGUGUAUCAUCUGCCGCCUGCUGAAACUGCGGAAACCCACCUGACCUACGAUUUACUCGUUGAUUACACUUUAUCCUGGUUGAACCUAUUUCAAGACUUGAGAUAUCUCACACUUUUGGUAAAAUGUAAUCGACCCAUAGACGACUCGGUACAAUCGUACAUCGUGUCGUUGAUAAAGGCUCGCUUUCCCAAGAUGGUGUCCGUCAAUCUCGUGAAUCUUACCGUUGAACCAGACAAACAACAUUACCACUGGUCGAACGCUCAUAGCGAUUGGGGAAGGGGAACCUAUGAUAUUCCGACGACAUUAGAGUAUGAACGAAAGUCUCGCGAACUAUGUGUAUGUUCUCACUUUUAG